UCACCCUGAAACCAUCAGAAAAUGGCAGACUCCCCACAAAGAAGCGUGUGGGACAGCGUGAUAGUGCUGACCAGAGAGGCCCAAGAAAAGGGUAGCGAUCCUCUUCUCUGGGCAAUGCAGUUGUCCUCCUACUUGAACUCUGCUGAAGCGUCUGUGUCUCUGCCCUCUGUAGAGCUGUCGGAUGUGUUGGUCUCCUACAUAUGCUGGGACAACAACGUUCCCAUCAUGUGGAAGUUCCUAGACAAGGCCCUCGUGCUCAACAUCGUGCCGCCCAUGCUCGUUCUUGCUCUGCUUUCCAUCAGGGUUAUUCCAAGUCGACAUUUCCAGCCAGCAGCGUAUAGGCUUUUCAUGGAGCUCCUCAAGAGACACGCUUUUAUGUCUCUUAAAUCUCAAUUACAUGCAAUGAAUUAUCAAAGGGUUAUGCAAUCAAUAGAUACUGUUCUUCGGCUUUCACAGAUAUUUGGUCUACAAACAAGCGAAGCUGGAACUAUUGUGGUGGAAUUCAUCUUUUCAAUCGUGUGGCAGUUGCUUGAUGCAUCAUUAGAUGAUGAAGGGUUGCUAGAACUUACCUCAGAAAAGAAGUUUAGAUGGGAAGAUACUCCUCAAGACAUGGAAGUAGGUGCUCAUGAUAGCAAUGAUGAGAAGCAGACUGAACAUCUUGAGAGAGUGCAGAAAUUUAAUACUGUGAUGGCUAUUGAGCUAAUUGGGCAAUUUCUGAAAAACAAAGUAACUUCCAAGAUUCUUUACUUGGCACGCCAAUAUAUGUCUGCACAUUGGGAAGGUUUUACCCAGCGGUUACUGCUGCUUGGUGCAAACUCAUCCGCAUUGAGGAAUACGAAAGUUAUAACUCCUGAGGAACUUCUGAAGUUGACUUCAAAUAUUCAAAUGGCCUCUCUAGAUUGCAAAUUAAAGUCAAGACGAAAGUUCCAUGACACCCUGACUAUGGGACCUCUGGCUUCUUCUGCUAGUCUGUGCAAUGAGGCCUGUCGAUCUGCACUGUGGCUUCCUCUUGAUUUUUUUCUAGAAGAUGCUGUGGAAACAACAGAUCUCAUUACCAGAAGUACAAUUGAAUCUAUCACUGUUCUCGUCAAGGUCUCUCGAGCCACAAAUUACACCACCUGGCACGACACCUUUUUGGGCCUGUGGAUUGCAGCCCUUCGUGUUGUUCAAAGGGACAGGGAUCCCAUUGAGGCCCCUAGGCCUCGUCUAGAUCCUCGUUUAUGCUUGUUACUGUCUAUUACAACUCUAGUGGUUGCCGAUCUUAUCGAGGAAGAUGAAAGUGCACUUCGUGAUGAAACACAAUAUGGCUCCUCUAAUCAAUGGAAAGAGAAACGAGUUCCAGGAAAGUGUCGCCAUGGUUUGGUCUCCAGCUUACAAAUGCUGGGAGAUUUCCAGGGCUUGCUUAUUCCACCUCAGUCCACUGUUUAUGCAGCAAAUCAGGCUGCUGCAAAAGCGAUGUUCUUUAUUUCUGGCGUCGAUGUCGGAAAUGCAAACUCAGAAUGCGUCCUUAUGAAAGAUAUGCCUACUAAUUGUUCUGGAAACAUGCGCCAUCUAAUAGUUGAAGCUUGUAUAGCUAGAAAUCUACUGGACACAUCAGCAUAUUUCUGGCCCGGAUACGUGAACGGAAACAUCAGUGAAAAACCUCAAGGUUUGUCUUCUAAAGUGCCUGGUUGGACAUCAUUCAUGCAGGGGGCAUCAUUUACUCAAGUAAUGAUAAGUGCAUUGGUUUCAAGUCCUGCUUCAAGAUUAGAGGAGCUCGAAAAAAUAUUCGAGAUAGCUGUCAAUGGAUCGAAUGAUGAGAAGAUAUCAGUUGCGAUGAUUCUUUGUGGGGCCUCUCUAAUUUGGGGUUGGAAUAUACAGGAACACACUGCUGCUUUCAUUAUUAAAUUAUUGAGUCCUCCAGCUCCUGCAGAUUACUCAGGGAGUGACAGCCAUUUGAUAGGUUACGCUCCAUUGCUGAAUGUACUUAUUGUUGGCAUAUCAUCCUUCGACCGUCUUCGGAUUUUCUCACAACAUGGCUUGGUUCCGCAACUCGCGUGUUCACUGAUGACAAUCUGCGAGGUCUUUGGGUCAUGUGUGCCUGAUGUGGUGUGGCCUGCUGUAAAAGGAAAAAGAAUCACUGCCCACGACGUGUUUUCAAAUGCGUUUAUUCUUUUUCUAAGGAUGUGGAGGUUUAAUCAUCCUCCUAUUGAACAUCGAGCAGGCGAUACUUAUCCAGUUCAAUCCCCACUAACUCCUGACUACCUCCUACUGAUACGUAAUUCUCACCUGGGAUCUCCUGAAAAUGGCCACUGGGUUCAAAGUAAAAGGAGACUGUCAGCAGUUGCAAAUUCAGCGACUGCAGACCCCAUAUUUCUCAAGUCAUUUCCAAAACUAGAAGUUUGGUUCUUGCAGCAUCGUGCAUGCAUAGUUUCAACCCUCUCCGAGCCUGUUCAAGGGACCCCUGUUCAUCAGAUUGUUGAUAAUCUUCUUAAAAUUAUGUUCAGAAAUACUUACGAAGGAAGCCAGUCUCGGAAUUCUGUUACUUCUGAGAGUAGUGGUUUCUCUGGACCUAAAAAUGACGAUACCUUUCCGAGACUUAACGAUCCUGCAUGGAAUAUACUGGAAGCCAUUCCUUUUGUUGCCGAGGCUUCUUUAAAAGCUUGUUCUCAUGGAAAAAUUUCUCCCCGCGAACUAGCUACAGGGCUUAGAAUUUUAUGUGAUUGUCUACCUGCAUCUUUGGCAUCCAUUACGAGCUACUUAUCAGCUGAAGUAACCAGGGGCGUUUGGAAAUCAGUUUCUAUGAAUGGAACUGAUUGGCCCAGCCCUGAUGCAAAUCUGUCUAAUUUUGUGGAAGGGAUGAAGAAAAUUGUAGCAUUUGCUGGUCUUGAUGUCCCAAGCGUUACCUCAGCUGGAAGCUCUACGCCUACCCUUCCACUGCCCCUGGCUGCCCUGGUAACCCUUACCUUAACCUAUAAAGUUGGUGACCAUCAUCUCCUUUUGGCUGGCCCAGCCCUGGAGUCCCUUUCUUCAGGUUGCCCAUGGCCUUGCAUGCCAAUUGUAGCUUCUCUGUGGACACAAAAGGCAAAACGUUGGCAUGACUUCUUUGUAAUCCGUGCAUCUCGUACUGUCAUUCUCCAAAACCCCAAUUGUGUAGUUAAACUUCUCGAAAGCUGCUUCACUGCCAUACUUGUCUUAAAUGCCUCCCCUGUUUCAAGCGAGGGAGGUGUUGGGGUCCUUCUUGGCCAUGGAAUUAAACCCCAAUUCUGUGGAUGGUCUCCUUGGAUUAUCUUUCUACUGGUCCGUCAAGAGAUCAGAGAAACUAUCUUAAUUACAGAGAAGAUUGUUUCUCUAUUGAUGGAUUCUGUGAAAACAAUAGCAUUUAGUGGACUUCCUAGAGAGAGAUCAGAGAAGUUGAAGACGACCAAGAAUACAAUGAGAUCAGGACAGGUUUCACUUGCUGCCGCAUUGACAAGGGUGAAACUUGUGGCUUCAGUUGGUGCUUCUUUGUCGUGGUUAUGUGGAGGCAUAGGCCUGAUUCAGUCAUUGUUUAGAGAAGUUCUGCCUUCUUGGUUUGUGUCUGCUCACAGUUCAGAGUUGGAAGGAAGGUCAGAAGGGAUGAUUGAAAUACUAAGGGGAUCUGCUCUGGCAUACCUUGCAUUCACAUGUGGCGCUUUUGUUUGGGGUAUUGACUCAACAUCAAUGGCACCAAACUGGCGUCGAAGAAUCCUUGGGAGCCACAUGGAAUUCAUAGCAAGAGCACUUGAUGGGAAGAUAUCGCUUGGUUGUGAUAGGGCAACUUGGCAUGCCUACGUUUUGCAGUUUUUGAGCCUGAUGAUGAAUUCCGCACCAACUUGGUUGCUGGAGACAGAUGUAGAUGUCUUAAAGAGAUUAAGUAGGGGUUUGAUGCAGUGGAACGAGGGAGAGCUUGCUCUGGCUUUGCUUGGUAUUGGUGGUUUUGCUACCAUGGGUGCGGUUGCUGAGCUGAUAAUUGAAAAAGAGUCUUAAGUCCUUUCUUUUUUUAUGCCUGUUUUUCUUCCCUCUUUCAUCUAAACUGUUUUAAAA